AUGGCAUGGAAGUGGCCAUUUAUGAUUAUCGGGAAGAUAACAAUGUCAACAUCAUGCAAAUUGUGUGCGGCAUCUCCGAUCAUAGCGAAAGUCAUAUCAGACGCGUCUUCCUGCUUUGACAUAAACAACGCCAGUGGUCAUGGAAUCUUCCGAAGCGGAGGCACGAGGAGGACCGGCCUUGUGCUCGCCUCGCUUAAUCGGGGAACCGGCGAUGAAACCUCUCAGAGGAUCUUCAGAAUUGGGUUUGCUAGCAUUUCAUCUCCAACUGACAAUUCUACGACAACAACCACCACCACCAGCGGAACUCCUCAAAUCACUAUUCCUCAGACUUCAUCAAGCUUAGGAUCACCUCUUUUUUGGAUAGGAGUUGGUGUUGGAUUGACAGUUUUAUUCACCACGGUCUCGUCAAAGUUAAAGAGAUAUGCAAUGCAACAAGUUGUUAAGACUAUGAUUGGUCAAACAGCAACAAGUAAUGGUGGGUUAAGUAAUGCUCCUGGGUUUCCAGGCACUCAAUUUCCAUUUCCUCCCAUAGCACCAUCAGCUCCACGGGCCACUUCAUCAACACUCAGUUGCUUCACAAUCGCUACCUACCGAGGAGAUGAGGAACCCAACUACUUUUUAAGGGAUGCUACAGAAUCCAUACACCGCCAGCAACGAGAUAUGCUGUAA